UCCAACGCGUACACCAAAAGAGGAAGGCUUAUGGGAAUGGAGUCAUGCUGAGAUCUUCUUCCUCAGCAAUCCUUCCUCUCUAUCUAAUUGAGUAAUUGAGCAAAUUCUCUUCCCCAUCAGGCCAUUCUCAUCAUCCACAUAACAUAAAAGAGAACUGCUCAUAGGGAAAGACAUGAUUUCGAGGUUGGCAGCGACGUUGGUGGCGUUGGUCGUGGUGGCGGAGAGUGCAGUGGGCAGAGCGGCCCUCGUCAAGGUGGGUGGACCGCCUGGUUGGGUCCCGAACACCAAUUACACCGACUGGGCGAGCCACCAGCAAUUCCACGUCGGGGACUGGCUUAAUUUUGUGUUCGACAAGUAUCAGUACGACGUGCUGGAGGUGAACAAGACGGUGUACGAGACCUGCAACAGCCAAGCCGGCUUCAUCACCAACGUCACCCGCGGCGGCCGGGAUGUCUUCCAGCUCACCCAGCCCCGCACCUACUACUUCCUCUGCAGCCGCGGCUUCUGCUGGGGCGGGAUGAAGGUCGCCAUCUCCGUCCAAGAGCCCCCUCCCCCUGUUCCCGCCCCCGCCAAGAGCACCGCCACCUCCUCCGCCCGCCCUUCCCUCCUCCUCACUGUAGCAGCUCUGUCUUUCUUCUCCAAUCCUUUCUUCUCCAUGUGAACAGCAGAUUUCAUGAAUUCUGAUUUUUCUUUAAAGCUUCCCGACAAAUGGUCAAAAAGGAAGAAGCUUGGGAAAGCAGAAAAGCUGGGGGCUUUUGGUGCUUAAUGCUCUGUUCUUAAUACUUAUCCUCCUCCUUUAUAUACACAAUACAUAUCUACAGCAAGCUGUGAUUUAUUGUAUGAAUUGAUCGGCUUUUGAAUGCCCUUUAGACAAUAUAAUUGUUGGUCGUAUGGACAAGA